AUGGAGAGCCCCGCAGGUCAUCACAUUUGUGGAUUCCAAGGCGUUCAAGGAAGUAAAUAUGUGGGCUCAAUAGGGGCCCUUUACUGCGCUGAUAGUCAACCAACAUGUAUUCAAAUGAGCUCUGACCAGAAAUUGUUGGAGUUCCAAUCAGAGGCGCGGCGCUUUUGGAUUAUGAAGACGGUUCCGGUCACAAAUCAGAGCGACCAUUAUCGUAUAGAGCCUCCACUUGGAAUCCUAAUUGCUGUUCACUGUGACCAAGUGACGUCUGUGCAAUCCUUUGACAGCGCCAACAGUUAUGACAAAACAGCCAAUCUUCUCCAUUCCACUCAUCUUGCGUUUGGGAGCUCGUAUCAAGUGCACUGCGUCUUGUUAACUCCAGGAGAAAAGCUUGUGCAGAUUGAUGUUUGUUAUCGUCCGGAUAGUGAAAAUGAUGCCAUUACGGUUGUUGAUGGCGUUUGUUUCCACACAUCCAGGCAAUGCUCGUCGUGGUUUGGAGCAUACCGAGAAUCAAACGUGCGCUUUUUUAUAGCACCAGAAGGUUAUGAUGUCCUUCAACUGCAAGGAGCGUACACUCAUGGCAUCCUGACUGACAUUGUGGGCUUAGUUGGUAUCAUGUCAAACGACGUUACGCUAUUUUCUCCCGAUACUCGAGUUUUAGUUGAUAGCGGAACGGGUGAAGUUCGGCUCGAAGCAGCUACACCUGAAUUUGGCAUUGAAACAGUGGUGCUAGUGAAAAAAAAUAACGGUGACAAUCAGGAUAAGCACGCCCUGACAUGGAAGCAGCCUGGAAUGCCGUUUCCGCAAGUAUGGCGAAUUCCAUUUAAGAUGCUGGAGAAUUACAUUGAAGGUUCAGAUAAAGAGCGGACGCUGUGUGACAGUUACCUUAUAGGUGCUAUCAAUUCCGGUGGCGCGUAUACAAAGUCAGCUGCACCAAUUCUACAUUCGUAA